AUAUGCUCAGCGUGGGUCGGCGAACUCCGGCCACAAGUUCUGAAAGUUCCUCGCGGGAAGGACAGACGCGAGCAAGUGAGUCAGACAGUUCAGAACCAGCAAAGCAGUCGCUUCAAAGCGAGGGCAGUGGGAAAAGCAGAAACUUGGUGGAAUAUCUUCUGAGGAAUAUUUUGCUUUCCGUCCCAUUACCCCGCCCCUAUCGGAUCUCCAUGUUUGUACUUGGGAUUUGUGGUCCAAAUCCAUCACACUCUCCCAAUCCGUCUCCCCUUCAUCAACGCGAGCGCGCUUAUCCCCAAAUCUUUGCAAGCCAACAAACUGAGACAGACGUUUGCAGAAUUCAACUUGGACUAAAAUCAAAGUAGACAGCAAGUAUUCCGUUUCUGGAAUGAAUUUAACCAAGCCCAGCUUGUCUCGGGGGGCUCUGCUGCAUUCUGGCCAGGUGUCCCUUGUGAACCCAGCGUGGGCCUCAAGGACCCCAAGUCCUGCUUCUGAUCUUGAAAUGGGUUUUGAGCAGAACAUCUCCGGAGACUGCAGCUCUCCCAGCGACCACGGAGGCAGCAGGAGAGCAGAGCCCAGGGGCCUUCUCACAGAAAGGGGCCAGAGUCCAGAUCUGGCGGGAGUCUCGGGCAAUGGCAAAGGUGUGGGGGCCGAGCAGAGGAUCCGGAGGCCCAUGAAUGCCUUCAUGGUAUGGGCUAAAGAUGAGAGGAAACGACUCGCUUUGCAGAACCCGGACCUGCACAACGCUGUGCUCAGCAAGAUGCUCGGCCAAUCGUGGAAGGCACUGAAUUCCACAGAGAAGCGUCCCUUUGUAGAGGAAGCGGAACGUCUGCGCCUUCAGCAUCUCCAGGAUCAUCCAAACUACAAGUACCGGCCUCGGCGUAAGAAAACCACAAAGAAGCUCAAGCGCGUCGAACCUGGGCUCCUGCUUCACAGCUUGGCUCAGAGCCAUGGUGUGGGUCAUGCCAUCGUCCCCCUGGGUGGAGAAGGCAUCUCUGGAAACUCUCCGUACGGACACGUGUCUCACCACAACCAUCACUCCCACCACCUGCUACCUUCUCUGGGCCACUUCAGGGACCUCCAGGCACCGGGGCACCAGGAACUGGAGAGUUACGGCCUGCCCACCCCGGAGAUGUCCCCUCUGGAUGUUCUGGAAAACGGAGCAAAUGAACCAGUCUUCUUCCCCCAGCAUGCACAGGAGGAUGCAGGAAUGGGAGGCUGGAACAGCUACCACCAUCCUCACCACCAUAAUCCACAUUACAGCCAUCACUAUGGCAACCACCUCAACUCCAUGCACGGUGCGUCCGCACAGAGUCCGAGUCCAGGAAUGAACGUGGGAGCGAACUCAUUGAAUGCAGGUCGGAAUCCCAGAAUGGCUUCGCUUGAAUCAAACAUGGCUUCCAGUAUGAGCCCGGUUCCUUCAAAUGGUUCACGGAUGAACCCAGCGCAAACCUCAGGCCGCCAUAUCGCCUUGAGGAGUCCCAUGAAAUGCCCACCACCUCCCCAUGACUCCGUCUCCUAUCCCCAGCCCUCAAUCAGCCUCCACGAGACAAUCAAACCCCACCAAGGCUCCCUUCCUGUCAGCUACUACGGCCAAAUGUACAGCAGCGCAGCCUCCGCUUUCCCCCCGACUCACCUGGGCCAGCUUUCACCUCCUCCUGAGCCCUCCCCAACUUCCUGCUCAUCCUUCCUUCCCCCUGUGCAUAUAACAGACCCAUCCAAUGCGGACUCAGCUGCUCACAUGGGGCCUACUUCUUCCGCUGAAUUCUGGUCGGAGGUGGACAGGCAUGAAUUGGACCAGUACGUGAAUACUGCGAGGAACCGAGAGGAAGCCUAUGGACAAGGUGGGGUUGGGUCCAAAGUCCUGAUCUGGCGUGGUAGCGGUGGCGUUAGCAGUGCUGACAGAGAUGGCGGCAGCGAAGAGGGAGUCAGCCCUCUUAUAUCUGCUCUUUCUGAUGCUAGCAGUGCUGUCUAUUACAGUGCAUGUAUCACUGGCUAAUGCCAAAAUGUGUGGAAGGACCUGAGUCUGGUUUCGUUCAUCUCAAAAGUUAAUGGUUUGUGUUGAAGUCGCACGUUGGGUCAACUCUUAACCUUGAUCACAAAGGAACAUGAAAAAAAGUGCCAGUUGAAAAAAGAAAAAACUGGCUCAUCAUGGAAUCCUGGGCUACAAUGUGCUAGGAUGUUUCUAGUUGACAACAGGGUGGCCUAGAAUGUCCCCAUAUUAGCAUUUGUGAUGCAAUGCAAUUGUUCAUCUCUUUGAAUGAGGGAUUACAACACCCAAACCUUUUAAAAUCUAAAAAAAAUAUAUAUCGUCGCUGUCCGGCGGAAGCCUCUUAUGUCCAAAUAUCGUCAAAUUUCACAAAGCAAUCCUAAUGGACCUUGUCUGUAAAUUUUAUGCAAUUUUAGUCAAUUUAAAGCAAUGGAAAUAACUUGGAAACAUAUGAACACAGGCAAACACUGCCGCUCUUGAACGCAACUUAAUUACUAAGCUUCAGCCGGGGAGCCCGUUGCCUCGGCCGGGAUACUCGCUCGGGGCGUGCCUUCGCCAGAAAAGGAGGGAGCGCACAGAAGGUGGACCAGCAAAUAGUGCAGCACAGGACAGUCGUUUGCUUUUGUGAAGUUUUCAAAGGUGUUUUUUACAGUGGGAACUUUUUUAAUCAGUGUCAGCGGGUUUUUAUUUGAGCAUAUUUCAUUUUUUAGGUAGUGUAAGUGUGCAAUAGCAAUAUAAGCUAUAAUUCAACCUGAAUGAAGUGGUGCCUCGGAACUCAAAACAAGCUGGCGUUUCUUUCAAGUUCCUGUGAAGUUGUCAUUUUGACACUUCGCGGCUUCCGCCCGACACCGACGAUAUGUACAAAUGAAUAAUUCAAGUACUGCGACAAUGCAACACUGACGUGUACUACUAAUUAACUGAAAGACUUCCCUAUUAAACUGGAGGACAUCUAGCAAGGUCAAAGGCAAAUACCUCGUGGUCGUGAGGUUUAGAUGAAUCAAAGGCGCUUAUUUAAUGUCCGCUUGAAGGCCAAACUCAGGAGAAAAAGAGAGCUAAGAGGAGAACUCGAUCCAACAUCAAUGUGCGUGUUUCCGGGAAAGCCUCAGCCACAAAGCCGGGAUGGACCACCGAGGUCUCCCACAAACUAUUCGGAUGUUUUACAAGAAGGCUUUAGGGUUGUUCCUGCGCGGGAUUUGUAAUAUAUUUCUUAUUUCCUCACUCUGUGCCAAUAUGUCUUUUGGCAAAUCUGACCCUUGCGCGGAUUAGGAAUUGUUUCCUUUUAAUCAGUAGUCGUCUCAAACAUCUCUCUUGUUUAGCUGUAUGCAAAAAAAAGAUGGAGCUCUGUAGAUCAUGGAAACUUUCAAAUUCCAAGAUCUCAAUCAGCUCUGGGAUUAGUCUUUUUCUUGGGAAGUACAAGCCAGAGUUGGCCACAAUGUGAAAGAAGUACAACAAAAACGUGGAAAUACAGAUAAUACAAGGCCAGUGAUUAUUGCCAUGUUUUGUUCAUGGUCUGUAAACCACAUGGUCUGUUCACAUUGGCACUCGGUGCUCAUGCUAACACAAUAUGUAAGAUCAGUAUGCAAUGUUAUUUCCCAGCAUGGGCCUCAUUUCUUCACAUUACAUACUACAAGAGGAAAAUGCUCUCUUUUUUAAUUGAUUGGCUUGCUAGCACGUUUGGAACGCCUGAUUUGAUGUAGACUUUAAUUGUGUAUAAUAUAUAGUGUGUGUGUAAUUCUGUGAAGGAGAAAUUAAAGUAUGAAUUGUUCUCU